AUGGUUCGCGCCGCAUCCCUCGUCGCCAGCUUGCUGGCUGUCGUCACAAACCCCCUCGUCGUUGCGGCUGAGAGCAGCGCCGACGCCGCCACCAAUUCGGCCGUCGUAGCCAGCCUUCCAGGUUCAGAGAAGAUCGCCUGUGGACUGCUCAACUCCCGCUACCCCAAGCAGACCUUUUACUCCGGCUCCGAUGGUUACACCUACGAGACGCAGACGCAGUACUGGUCCGCAACGGAGUACAACACACCAGCUUGCGUCUUUGUCCCACAGAAUGCCCAGCAGGUGUCUUUUGCUGUUACUACACUGACUUUGAGCUUGACCAAGUUCGCCGUCCGCAGCGGAGGUCAUAUGCCAGUUGUGGGAUACAACAGCAUCGGAUCAUCUGGCGUCCUGCUGUCAACGUCCAACCUGACCACUCUGGCUCUCUCCAGCGACAAGUCCACUGUAUCUGUUGGCGCUGGCUACAGGUGGAGAGAUGUCUACUCCUACCUCGCGCCUUCCGGCCUGGCAGUCGUCGGAGGCCGUAUUGGGGGUGUUGGCGUCCCCGGUCUGCUUCUUGGGGGCGGAAUAUCCUUCUACUCCAACCAGUACGGCUUCGCAGCCGACAACGUUGUUCGGUACCAGGCCGUGCUCUCCAGCGGCUUAGUCGUCGAGGCCACCGCUACCAAUGCCUACUCGGACCUCUUCUGGGCCCUCAAGGGAGGCGGUAACUCCUUUGCUAUUGUCACUCGCUUCGACCUCAAGACCUUUGUGUCGCCCAAGGUAUGGGUAGGAAUCUCGCAGUACGCGCAGACGGACAGCGCCAAGUACCUCGACGCCGUCUACAACUUUGGCAAGUUCGGUUCCGCGGAUGGCAAAGCCGCCAUUAUUCCCACCAUCCUCACCUAUCCUUCGUACAACAUCACCGCGUACGCGGCUGCCCGCUUCUACGACUCCGAGACCGCGCCCGCGACUGCGUUCGAGAACUUUACGUCUCCUGCCCUGACGCCUGUGGCCGAUUCCUAUGCCCUGCAGCCUCUCGCCGAUUAUGUGACUGCCGUUGACGCACUCCAACCCACCGGUCUCCGACAAGAAUUCCGCGUCAUGUCCCUUGUAGUCAACCGCGACGCAGUAGACUACGUCCACGACACCUUCCUCACAGCCACCAGCGCCAGCCUCACCAGCAUCGUCGGCCUGUCGGCCUCCGUCACCUUCCAACCCAUCACCAAGGAGUUCAUCCAGCAGGGCGUCGCCAAGGGCGGCAAUCCCCAGGGCGUGGACCCGUCCAAGGCGCCGUACUUUUGGGUCGUCGAGAACCUGACGUGGCAAGACGCCAAGGACGACGCCGCGGUGAAGGCCUUUGCCGACAGCGUUACGGCGGAGAUCGAGGCCGGGUUAGUGGCCAAGGGCGUCGCGGGCGGGUAUUUGUACUUGAACGAUGCGGGACAGGGGCAGAAGAUCUUCCAGAGUUACCCGACGGCGAACCUGGUAAAGCUCAAGGCUAUUCGCGCCAAGUAUGACCCGUUGAGGAUUUACACGAACCUCUUGGUCGGGGGUUGGAAGGUGCUUGACGCCUGA